CUAAUUGUCUGCACCAGAGCUGGAGAACACCACCCAAAAUGAAGAGAGAAAAGGGAGCCCUGUCCAGAGCCUCCAGUGCCCUGAGCCUCACUCCCUUUGUCUACCUUCUUCUGAUUCAGACAGACCCCCUGGAAGGAGUGAACAUCACCAGCCCGGUGCGCUUGAUCCAUGGCACCGUGGGGAAGGCGGCCCUGCUCUCCGUGCAGUACAGCAGCACCAGCACUGACAGGCCUGUGGUGAAGUGGCAGCUGAAGCGGGACAAGCCAGUGACUGUGGUACAGUCCAUAGGCACGGAGGUCAUUGGCACCCUGAGACCUGACUAUCGAGACCGCAUCCGGCUCUUCGAAAAUGGUUCCCUGCUUCUCAGUGACCUGCAGCUGGCUGAUGAGGGCACCUAUGAGGUCGAAAUCUCCAUCACUGAUGACACCUUCACUGGGGAAAAGACCAUCAACCUCACUGUAGAUGUGCCCAUUUCAAGGCCGCAGGUGGUAGUGGCUUCGACCACUGUGCUGGAGCUCAGUGAGGCCUUCACCCUGAACUGCUCACACGAGAAUGGCACCAAGCCCAGCUACACCUGGCUGAAGGAUGGCAAGCCCCUCCUCAAUGACUCCCGCAUGCUCCUGUCCCCUGACCAAAAGGUGCUCACCAUCACACGCGUUCUUAUGGAGGAUGACGAUCUAUACAGCUGUGUGGUGGAGAAUCCCAUCAGCCAGGGGCGCAGUCUGCCUGUCAAGAUCACCGUAUACAGGAGAAGUUCCCUCUACAUCAUCUUGUCUACAGGAGGCAUCUUCCUCCUCGUGACCUUGGUGACAGUCUGUGCUUGCUGGAAACCCUCCAAGAAGAAGAAGAGGAAGCUGGAGAAGCAAAACUCCCUGGAAUACAUGGAUCAGAAUGAUGACCACCUGAAACCAGAAGCAGACACUCUACCUCGAAGUGGAGAGCAGGAGCGGAAAAACCCCAUGGCUCUAUAUAUCCUGAAGGACAAGGACUCUCCGGACCCUGAGGAGAACCCCACACCGGACUCCCGGAGCGCGACAGAGCCUGGCCCUCCAGGUUACUCGGUGUCGCCAACCAUACCCGGCCGCUCGCCAGGGCUGCCCAUCCGCUCUGCCCGUCGCUAUCCGCGCUCCCCAGCGCGCUCCCCCGCCACGGGCCGGACGCACACGUCGCCACCGCGAGCCCCCAGUUCUCCGGGCCGUUCGCGUAGCGCCUCGCGCACCCUGAGGACUGCAGGCGUACACCUAAUCCGCGAGCAAGAUGAGACCGGCCCGGUGGAGAUCAGCGCCUGA